AUGCAUAAAAUGAUGGUACUUGUGGAGGCCUCAGCCCCAGAUCCCCUUCGGUUCUGUGGCUCCUGGAUGCCGCCUAACCUCCCACCCCAUGUAUUACCUGCAGUGGUGGAGGACCUGCAAACGUUCAGGUUUCGACCAGAUGAUAUCCUUAUUGUCACCUCACCGAAAUCAGGGACACACUGGGCGUUUGAAACUGCAGCACUUAUCAAGGCUGAUGGAGUUUGGGAAAAUGUGAAACGGGACACCUUGAAGAAUCAUCUCGAGUUCACGCUCCUGAACAAAGAGUCGUAUGAUAAGAGUGUGCCGUUGAUCAUGUUCUAUAAAGAGCUGGACAAAAUGCCCUCCCCAAGGAUCAUGUUCACCCAUCUUCCCCACGAGCUUCUUCCGCCGGGUGUCUUUGAAGUCAAUGCUAAGAUCAUCUACACAGCAAGGAAUCCAAAAGAUGUGUUGGCAUCGCUGUAUAAAUUCAUCGGUCUGACGCCUGAUGCCAAGUUUGUUACAUGGGAAAUGCUGUAUUCUUCAUUCUUCACUGAAUAUUUCAUGUAUGGUCCCUGGCAUCGGCACGUUCUGUCGUUCUGGAAACUACGGAAUGACAAAAAUGUUCUCUUCUUGAAAUACGAGGAUAUGAAAAAGCAUCCCUCUAAGAUCGUCACUCAAAUCGCCGAGUUCAUCGAUCACCCAAUCUCAGACGAUGUCCGCGAUGAGAUCGUCAAGAAAACUACCAUGGACCAGAUGAAGAAAGAGAUGAAGAGACUGGAAGAGACACUAGAAGAUGGCUAUAUUUUCAGCAAGGCAUUCGGCAAACUCAGCUAUUUCCAAAAAGGUGUUAUAGGAGACUGGAAAAACUUUUUCACGGUGGCCCAAAAUGAAGAAUUCGAUAAACAACUUGAGGAGAGGCUAGGGGAAACUGGGCUGGAGUUCGACUACGAGUAAUUUUCAUCGAUAUUUUUUUAAGGGAUAGAGCAGAGCUUUUUAGGCCACCACCAGGAACACUUAAGAGUUCUCCGAGAAGUCAAAUGCACAAAGAUCCACACUUUCCUCCUGAUUUUUCUUACUUUUUGUAUGGCCCCAUAAUAUUAUACUAUUAAAUGUAUCGUAUGGGACAUUUUUGAUUUCCGUAUACGACACAAAACAUUUUCACCUUUAGUUUCAAUUUAUGAUAAGUACAAUGAAGUAUGUACAUGUAUAUCUGUCUAUCAAUACAUUUGUGCACGAUAGCCGACCUGGGCCCCGUAACACAAAGGUUAGCGAUCAAUCGAUUAACGAAUUGGCCUAUCAAGAUCAUCGUUGUACGCGCUUUU